AUGGGAAAUCGAUCAAGUGAAGCAAAUGGAGUUAAAUGCAAUCACUGCAAAUGCAACUUACCGAGCAACAAUUGGAACUUUGAUGAAAUAUUAGCUGGCCAAAAAUAUCAUUCAUUCUGUUUUUAUGUGAAAGCGGCAGAUGAAAUAACAUAUUCAUAUACUAGUGGCACGACUUGUGGUCAAGCUAUAACAGUAACGGUUAAAGCAGGAAGUAAACUUUAUCUGUACUUCCGUCGGAAAAAUAAGGGUGAAUAUUAUUGUUGGGAUUGUUUACGUUCUAUUGAUCCGAUAUACGCAAAAUCUGUAUAUCUUGGUUUGAUUAACAAUGGCCAUAUUAUUAGUUAUAAUUCAUUAUCUACUUUACGUUAG